AAUGUUUUGGGCCAAGUGCUGCUCUAUUACAUUGGGCUUGCAGCUCAAAACUACAUAGGACUGCGUAUUACAGGCAAGCCAUAGGUAGCAUUGGGCUCCUUGUGCUUUCUCUGCUUUUAUACAAAAGAAAGAGCCGAAACCGGGUCAAUCCAAAAUGUUCUAGACGCUACUGGAUUUUAACACCUCUCUUCAUUUCUUCCUUCUUCAAACCUUCUCACACUGUCCUAACAGUCCUCUGAAACUACAACAAGCACUUGUUAUUUUCGCCACCGCAAGCACGCGGCGGUAAUCAUGUUUGGCGUACUGUUUCCUAACCGUAGCUUCCCGAUGGACAUUUCUACCUUCUCUCAAAUCGACACCUUCCACUGGAUCCUUGACAUGAACACUUUUGUAGGUGAAGCGUACGAUCAAAUCCGCGAAAUCUGCAUAUUUCUCCUGAAUAACUUCACUCUCCCACCCGACAAAGCCCUAGCCGUUUACGUUCAAUCCCCUGGCUCUCCCUUCCAGUUCUGCGGCGCCGUUACUCUAGCACGCCCCUCUGCUGUUCUCUCUCUUAAUUGGCCCGAUCCUGGUGGCCAAUUGCAACUUAGCGCACCCGAUUCCUCUCCUCUUUCAGCUAAAAUAGGGGUUUCCGUUGAGGACUUGGCGUCACUGCCGUCGUUGGAUGUAGCAGCAGAGAAAAGGAUCGAACGGCUUGCUAUGAAAGUAGGAGAGAAUUUGUUUAAUUAUAUGCAGUCGUUUUGUGGUGUUGAUGGAAGUAGGUUGAUUGUCCCUAUGGACAUUUUAGAUCGCUGGUUUAAGAAGUUUCAAGAGAAGGCUAAACGUGACCCUGAGUACUUGAAGGGCUUCGAUUUGUAAUUUUUUCUUAUUCUGAAUCUCAAGGGAGCAUUGGCCUCAAAGUGUUAUCAUUUGCUUCUACCUCAUUGCCAUGGUAGAAAUUUUAUGUCAGUCAAUGUGGCUGCAGGAGUAUGAUAGGUAGUGCUGACUGCUGAAGCCGUGGUCUGCAUGCGGUAUGCCUGCUUCUGUUAGCCAAUUAACUCUGAAGCCAAGUUUGAAGCCAACCACAUAAUUAACAGUAAGCUUAAUUGUGGACAUGUUGGUUUAUAAUGCAUCCAGAAGAAGCAGGGCUUUUCAUUCUCCGAUCAGAGAUAAUAGAGGCUUCUUAGUAUAAGCCUUCUUUUUCCACUAUCAGCGUACCUGAAUUGGACAGUGUCUUCUUGGCAUAAAAAGAAAAGGACUCUGUUUUACACUCCGGGAAGCCAAGAUAUUACCACUUCUGGAUACUAGUUUUCGUGGGGGGGUUUAGUUGAAGAAGAUCUGGAAUUUUGCUAAAAAGAUUGUAAUCAUGAGAUAGAAUAGUGAAACCAAUGAGCUUUAGCUUAAAUGAUACUGGGAUUCAUUUCCGAGGU